AUGUUUGGCCGCGUCCUCCUCACGCUCGACGGCAUCUUCCUGCUCUUUGGCGCAUACUUGGCCGACUGGAACGAGACGCACAUCUACAACCCACGGUGGCCGCCGCACGCCAAAUUCCACAAUGGGCAGACAAUGACGCUCUCCCUGAUCCUAGGCAUGGCGACGCUCUUCUUCACGUGGCGCACCAACACGUCGGCCGAGAUGGCAAAGGAGUCGUUCCGCAUCGCAGGCUUUCUGGGGUCCAUCUACUGGGUGGCCGGGUGCGCUGCGAUGCUGUACCCCGACACCGACGGGCUGGACCCGGAGCACGGCGGACCGGGGUUCCCGCAGAAAUACCCCUUCACUGCGGCGAUUGGGCUCGCUGUGACGGGCAUGUAUCUCGAGGGCGGCGUCUAA